AUGACGCUUGCCUCAAACCCUGUUCUUGUUUAUGGACGACAGCAUAUUCCCUGGCUGGUCAUGCAUCAAGCCCUUACAUUCAUAGGGGAUUCAGCAACGCAGGCAUUGACUGAUCCAGUCAACGGUGUAGUCAGUGAGAUUCAGCGACGAGUACACGAUGGUGUAUCCCGCUCAGACUCGUUCAAAAGAUGGCAAGCUCUGUUUGAUGUCUGGCAGACUAUUCCCCGUCACUCCAGGCAAGGUAGCUACAGGCCCAGUACUGUGCAGGACAACAGCUAUUCAGUCCAUGACUGCGUCCAGGCUCUAGAGACAGUCAAGAUUUUUGGGUUCAAACGCUUUGUUCGGUUGAGCCUGGGGAUUUAUCACGUCGUAAUGGCUUUCGCCAUCUUUUUCAUCACGUUGUCUAUGGUUGUCGGUUCUUACUUGUUUCUCUUAAUCUUGGCCUUCGUGCAAAUCCCUAUUUUAUAUUUCACCGAUAACCUGACGAAAUCCUCUUUCGAUUGCAUACAGGGCUCUAAGGCUCGAAUGUAUAGUCUGAUCUGCCACCCUGGUCUCCAACCUCGGAAUUAUCUUGUUGCCAUUGCACAGGCUAUCAGAGACCGCAAUUCGAAGUGGCCACACGACCGAGUAUAUGCGAUCGAUAGCGUACUUCGGCUGCUCGGCGCACACCCGCCUACCCCUGAUUAUCAGAAACCACUUGGCCACGUGUAUCGCGAUGCCCUUGUGAGUUUGAUGGAAUGGAAUCCCACUCUAAUUAAUUUGCUCGUUGAUUGCGGCCCUCGCCUUCCGGAUGCUCCCAGCUGGGUUCCUGACUGGAGCCAAAAUAACACUAACAAGAGUUGGCUUCCCGACUCCUAUAUCUAUCAUGGUGUUGAAAAGCAAAAAGGGGAGGGUGGCGAACUCACGAGCAAUGAAAUGGCGACGAAUGGCAGGCUUGUUCGCAAUGUGCAGCUUAUGGCCGAAUGGGUUUUGCAUAUUAGAAAGGAUACAAUCGUUUCCAGGCUGCAUGAAUCUAUACCAUGGACGAUCAUGCUUACACUGGCUGGUCGGUCUAUACCUCGCUCUGAGGUUACCCCAGAACAAGAAGAUACUUUCAGACGGAUGUUUGAGAUAAUAACACAGCUGGGUAUCGAAGUGGACAGUAUGCCAAGAGAUACUGCAGCCGCUGCAACAAAGGCAUUGGAGGCUAUCUGCCAGGAUGAAGGCUGCAGCAAGCUUUUGAUUGAUACUUGCAAUCGAAUAGCGGGAAGGCGAGGCUUGCUUGUUUCAAACAAUGGCUUGAUUGGAUCAGGUCCAAUUUCAACGAGGCAAGGAGACACUAUCACCCUAAUCAAAGGUAUCUCAGUUCCAAUGGCUCUGCGGAAGAUCGGGGAGGACUAUCAGGUGCUUGGGCCCGUGUUUAUUGACGGAUUUAUGGGGCUUCCUACGGAGAAUCUACAAAGGAUACAUCUUGACUGGGAGCGUUUUAACCUUGUAUAA